GGAGCUUGUUCUUCAGUGAGCGUCGCUCUCGCUCUCCUCAGUCGUUAAGUCAGAGAGCAGAGCAGGAAGGGGAGGCAGAGAGACCGGGGGAGGUCUGACAACACCGUCCCAGCUUCCAUCUAUUUCAGAGGCGCAGAUCAAUAAAUGCAUGCACCCGGUAUUUGAUUUACUGGAGGAGCAUCAGAUCUGUAACCAAGCUGUCACUCUGCAAGACAUGGUUACAACUUUUCACGCCGGGACAAGAACUUAAAGGAGCUUUGGAGACGCAGCAUGAGUAAAUGUCCACGUUGAGAGAAGCUGUCGCUGUGAGGAUGGAUGACACAGGCUAACAAUGCACUCUGCCACUUUCUGAACCAGCCUUUCAAGACCAAGAAGGACCGACUAAAGACACCAGAACCCGAUUCACCUGGAGCUCUGACCCCAGGCCUGUACGAUGCUGUGGUACGGCUUGGGCCCCCACUUGUUCUCCCUGGCAGCACUUCUGGUGAUUGUGAGCUGCGGAGGAGGGGAGCAGCGCAGAGGGACGGAUAGCAGCAGCAGCAGCAGCACCAGCAGCACAGGUGGCAGCAGCAGCUCUGGAGGAAGUGGUAGCCGACGCUUUCACAAGAUCCAGCAUGGCCAGUGCACCUACACGUUCAUCCUGCCCGAGGGCGAGGGAGGCAGAGGAGGCGCCUGCAGGGAGGCCAAGGCCGGGGGCCCGCGGGACAGCGGCAACUCUCUGCAGAGAGACGCCCCGCCGCCGGAGCCCGAGUUGGCCAGCCAGAAGAUCCAGCAGCUCGAGCACAUUAUGGAGAAUUAUACCCAGUGGCUGCAAAAGAUUGAGAACUACAUCAAAGAGAGCAUGAAGACGGAGAUGGCUCAGCUGCAGCAGACCGCCGUCCACAACCACACAGCAGCCAUGUUGGAAAUGGGCACCAACCUCCUCUCUCAGACGGCCGAACAGACGCGCAAGCUGACCAACGUCGAGACGCAGGUUCUGAAUCAGACAUCCAGGCUUGAGAUCCAGCUGCUGGAAAAUUCUCUCUCCACUAACAAGUUGGAGAAAGAAUUAAUGGUCCAGACCAAUGAGAUCAGCAAGCUGCAUGACAAGAACAGCCUGCUGGAGCAGAAGAUGUUAGAAAUGGAGACGCGACACCGCGAGGAGCUGGAGACGCUGAAGCAGGAGAAGGGGAGUCUCCACACCCUGGUGGGGAGGCAGAGCGGCGUCAUCGGGGAACUGGAGGCCCAGCUGAGCCGGGCCACAGGAAACAGCACGGCCCUGCAGAAACAGCAGCAGGAGAUGAUGGACACCGUCCACAACCUGCUCAACCUCUGCUCCAAAGAUGGAGUUGUGCCUAAUAGCACCAAGGUCGCGGAUGAGGAGAAGAAGUUCCGCGACUGUGCCGACCUCCACCAGGCAGGCUUCCAUAAGAGCGGAGUGUACACCAUCCAGAUCAACCCCCAGGAGACCAAAAAGGUGUAUUGCAACAUGGAAACAGCUGGCGGUGGAUGGACGAUCAUCCAGCGCAGAGAAGACGGCAGUGUGGACUUCCAGAGAACGUGGAAGGAUUACAAGAUGGGUUUCGGCAGCUUGCCUGCAGAGCACUGGUUGGGGAACGAGUACGUUCACCAGCUGACCAACCAGAGGCAGUACGCCCUCCGCGUGGAGCUCACGGACUGGGACGGACACCAGGCCUUCUCGCUCUACGACCGCUUUAAAAUCGCCGGAGAGAAGCAAAACUACAGGCUGUUCCUGAAAAGCCACAGUGGGACUGCAGGCAGACAGAGCAGUCUAGUGAUCCAUGGAGCAGACUUCAGCACCAAGGACAUGGACAAUGACAACUGCAUGUGCAAAUGUGCCCUCAUGCUCACCGGCGGUUGGUGGUUUGACGCGUGCGGCCCGUCCAACCUCAACGGCAUGUACUUCACCCAAGGGCAACACAUAGGGAAGUUGAACGGUAUCAAGUGGCACUACUUCAAAGGGCCCAGCUACUCGCUACGCGCCACGGCCAUGAUGAUCCGCCCGCUGGACUUCUCCUAGGCCUUUGACCUCUGAACUUCCAAAGCGGCUGUGGAGCACGUCAGGGGGACGCUCCCGAUUUCAUCCUCUCGUCUCAUCUCAAUUUCGCUCGCCUUGAGAGUCGUCCAAUGAAUGUCUUUUACGCGAUCCGGUCCCGCUCCAGAGCGACUGGCUGCGCUGCCUUCGUGACCUUUUCCCUCGGCGCCCUGAACCGGCGGGACGGACCGCGGAGCGCCCGGUAGUCCUCCUGACCUGCUUCUGUUCCCAAACAGACUCACAAACUUGACGUUAUUUAAGGGAAAAAAAGGGAUCAGAAUGUGUGAAAAGCAGGUCUAUGCAGAAGGUUCCGGGGGAGGCACUGACUCUUCAGCUGCAGGAGAGAACCUGCUUUUUCUCUUCUAAUGUUCCUCGCCAAACGCAGCCCAAAAAUAUUUCCAUUGUAUUAUGUGUUGUGUUUUUUUUCUAUUAUUUUUGUUAUACUGUAUUCAAUAUCCAAAGGGAGGUGAAAUUGACUUUAGUACCAAGAGUGUAACACACGCUCAGUUUUAAGGUGACCUUGAAAUUCAGCUGGCUGAGCUGGUAAUAGUUACAAGGGUCACUUGCAGUAUUUGCUGCCUUGACAGUGUGAUUAUUAUUAGAGUUCAACAUGUGAGCCUUUUCUGGGUCAGAUUCUGGACUGAGAUCCAUUUGCAUUGGUUAUUGGCUGGGAAAUGACUAGUACCUGCCAAGGCUCAGCUUGGAAGGGAUCACCUUACCUCUGCUGAAUAGAAAAACAAGGAUAUUAAUACUGAACCAUAUUAUUAGUGAUAUAUAACAAUUUCAGCUGUGUGCACGUGGGCGAAUAGAAUGCACGUAUGCAUAUACAAGUAAAUAUGUGUUUUUUUAAAUACACACAAACAAACAGUAUAUAGUAGCGCGUGGUGAUGAAGGACCACGUCAUGAUCCGUCCGUAUUUACUAAGAUGUAAUGCUUAUAUUAAGCUGAUGUCACACUAAGAAUGAGGUCAGAUUUCAUAUUACUGAACCCUUUUUCUAACAAAAGGACAUUAUAAAAGCUUUUUAACGGCUGCGUCAGUAUUUCUCAGCUCUAUUAUUUUCAUGUGUGUAAGGGACUCAUUUCUUUGAAUUGGUGCUGAGAGGGAACGCUGCCGAAGGGCUGCAAUGAUCACUCAGGGCGACUCCUCCCCGUCGAUGCACGUCUGCCACUGACGGGCUCAGAUUGUCGUUGUGCCUGUCAGCAAAACGCGAUUGAAAGGAGAAAUAAAACCUUUUUCUAAACUUUAAGAUUUAGAGGUCUGUCUUUUAGCUCGGAGAAAACUCAUUCUUUAAAGGCUUGGUCUUUAAUUGUUGAAAUGAUCUUGUAAGCUUUAAUGUUGUGGUAGUGUAUUUAACACUAAGCUAGACUGUGUUAGUCCAGGAGGCUCUUGAUCUGAAAGGUGAAGCUAAUUUGGGAAACUUUAAACCUGCAGUGUCUCAAACGGCCACCGGGGGGCGGCUCCUCCCUUUGAUUUAUGGGAAAAUGACCCUACUUAUCACUUAAUUUAGUACCUCACUUAGCGUUAUCAUUAAAGUUAUUAGCAAUACAACAAGAUGUUUAAUUAGUAACUCAUAAUAACACGGUGUGUUUCCGUCUUACAACUCAAAAGCUAUCACUGUGUAACCUCUUUGUCUCCUAGAAAAGUCUGUAGUUAGCGUCCGGUUGACCCCCCCCCCCCCCACCCCCCCACCCCCUCUGGUGUCCCUGCAAAAGAUCAAUACGGCGCCAGAAGAUAUAACAGACUCAACAAACUCGACUGUGCACCACGACUUCAACACGACAAUCUGCACUCCUCCCCAACUCAUAUUUUUAUAAGUCACGUGACCCAAAACCAAACAAAGCAGACCAAGCGGAAGGUGCAAACGCAGUCAGUGACGCCAUGACGCUCCUUUGGGGGACGUCUGGUGGAUGGUAGGGAGAUGCUCCUGGCUGUGACAUUGCAGCCUGUUUCAAGAUCAUAUCAUAAGACACUAAACUUACCCGACUGGUCGUAACCGCUGACUUUAAGACGGAGAUGUAGACAAGUUCCAUUAUUUCUAAAAGGAGAACCCAGACAGUGUCUGUUUCUCAUCAAUGUGGCUUUGGGGGGGAAGAGAAAAAAAAUGGCGCUGGAUAUGAAGCAUGAAAUGAAGGAUUCCACCAAGUUAUCCGUGUGAACACAUAUUUCAUAACUUCCAGCUUUGUGUUAAUAAAGGUACGUGUGGCGGGAAAAUAAAGCGUAUCUGCAACUUGUAAAACUACGAUUGACAUGUUUAUUAACGUACUAAACUUUGUAUGAUUUAUUGUGUGUGUACGUAGAGCAGCUCUCCUGAGGAACGCUGCUCUGUUCUCACUGCAGCAGAAGUACAAUGUGUUUGGAAGUUGGACAUAAAACCUAGAAGUUAACAUAAUAACCCUGGAGAAAUGUGCCUUUGAUAACUCUGCUUUUACCUCAUUGCAUUCCAGAUUUUGCAGAUUAUUUAAACAUCUUUUUGUAACAUGUGGUCAGUGUCGUGUUGGUAGAUUAAAUAAAAGAGGAAAUGU